AUGGUCGAUAGUUCCGCGGCGACGAAUGGAAAAGACCAAUCAUUCCAUUCAUGGGUAAAAGAAGUGGUCGAGGACCACGUCCCCAUCAAUUAUUUGCCCAAUUUUGAUCUGGAUGUGUGAGUUUUCGAAAUUUUUUUAUUGGCGAUCGGAUGAAAAUUCGCCUUACCAGUUAUUAUCAACUUUUCUUUUGACCAAAAAACAAACUCGACUUUCAGUGAGCCAACCCAAGAGUCGGAUUACGCCGCAAUCUUCGAGACCAUGUUGGCGGAUCCGGAAUUGGACUGGGCCGUCAUCUACGACUACGUUCGAUUGAAGCGCUACUGUGAGGUCUUGGAAGCGGAUCUCCAGUCCGGCCGAGUCUCUGUUUUCCCCGCGUUUGAGGUCGAUAUUCGCAACUCUAUCAAACAGCAUUAUGUGGGUUGAAUUUUACGUGAGAUUGCCGAAAUUUUAUCUGUUCAAUUAUGACAAAAUUCGGCGCAAAUUUUGGAUUAGAAUUUUAAAAUAAUUUUCUUCUAAAAAUAAUUCGUAAAUCGUCUGAUCAACGAAUCAUUUCAGUACCUCAACAGCGGCCCAACCGACAAUCAUUUCAUCAUAUCGUUGAGAGAAAAGUACAAGAAAUCGGUAGGUCAAAAAAAAAUCAAAAAAAAAUCUAAUUUUUCCUGCCUUUUUCAGUACGCCGAUUAUCAGAAACGCUUCGAGAACAAUGUGAAAAUGGUGGAGAAUCGGAUUUCCGAAAUGGCGGAGAAAAGGCAGGCAAAGGUGAGGGCGUUUUUGCGACUAAUUAGGAGCAAUUUGACCCUCAAAUUUUGAUCGAAAUGGGCAAAAAUAAAGAUUAAAAUUUUCUAGGACAUGACAGAUUCUUGGCUCACACUUUGCAGAAACUAUCGGGAUUUUUAGGUCGAAAGUUGGAAAAAAAUUGACGAUUUUUCACCUAUCAACGGGAAAAAAUGACAAUUUUUUGUCAACUUUCGGCCUAAAAAUCUCGACAAUUUCUGCAAAGCGUGAACCAAAAAAUCUCUCAUGUCUUAGAAAAUUUUAACCUUAAUUUUUGCCCAUUUUCACCAAAAUAUGCGCCAAAUUUUCGUAAAAUUUCUCUUCGACCCCGUUUUUUUCUAAUUCAACCCCUUACAGUACUCAAGUCUUAUCGCUGGAGUAAAUGCGAUGGGUUUAGAGAACACGGAAGAAAUGGAAACGAAAACAGCGGAGAGCGCUGACAAAACGACUAGUGAAUCCAGUUCUAGUACUGAAAGCAGUUCCUUGGGAACCUGCGAAGGCCGUUCGCCCGAUUCUAUGCUUUCGUCUCCGUUCAGCUCAACGAAUACCUCCUACAGCGAAGAACUCGGGGACUAA